CAAGUGCGUGCGAACCCAUCGGACGAUCGAUAGCUGCAGACUGACAGGGAGCUCUGUCCCAUUUAACAAUCAAAGCUUGCCGUUUAUAUCGGUCUCCCGAAUCAGUUAAAGUUCUUGCGCUUUUCUUCCCCAAAUCCACAGCUUCCUUCGCCUUCCAAUCCGUAACCCUAAUCCCGACUCGCCCAAGAUCAUGGCUUCAUCGCCUCCGGAUUCGGAGAUGUCCUUCUCCGACUUCCCGGAAGAUGUCCAGAUCAACAUCCUCUCGUUCCUCUCCCCCUCCGAGGUCUCCGCCUUCGCCUGCACCUCCCGCCGCUUCGCCGCCCUCUGCGGCGUCUCCGACCCCGACAGCGCCCUCUGGCUCGCCAUGUGCGAGCGCCGCUGGGGCUCAUGCACCAGCCUCCGCUCCUGGUCCUCCUCGCCCGCCGCCUCCUUCUCCCGUCUCUACAAAGAGCUGGAUCGAUGGGAGAGCCUUAUUGGUUUCUGGCGCAGGAUUGGCCGUGGCGGACCGCACCUCGUCUUCUUCGAAUGGGGUCCGUCCUACAUUGCUGGAUCGCGGAUCUUCCCCGCGCCUGAUGCCUGCGGCGAAGGAUAUGGCGUUCUCAAGGUGCCCUUCCUCUGGUUGGGUCUUUCCCGGUGCGGCGAAGCGAUCAGUUUGCUCCACCCGGGCGGUUGCUCAGAUUCGUCCGCGGAUCUGUUGGGCACGGUUCCGGAUUCCUCGGUCUCACCCUCGGGCUUCUCCGAUCGCGACUUGGUUCCCGUGAGCAUUAACUUCAUGGGUUGCAGCCAUUUCGUUGUGGAAGACGGUCACUGCUGCGCUGAUGGUAGGACAGAAGAUUCGACUGGGUUUCUGGAGGAGAUCGAAGCGACAUCGCCUCCGGACAGGUUGAUGUCAGAGAUCUAUAAGCACUUCGCUAAUCGGACGAGUCCUAGUGGUGAUAGGGCAAUGAGAAGGCAGAGGAAGAAGGAAAGGGGGCGCUUUGGGAGGCAGCAUUAUUUGGAGCCGGAGCAUUUCGUGAAGAUCAAUAACUACUAUCCCACUCCAGACCGACCUUUGCAGGGCUUGUGGAAGGGGAUCUCUGAGGACAUGCUACUUGAGUUCUACCUUGUCUCCUAUGAUGACAUUGGUGGUAUCACAUGUCGGAGAGUGAGCGAAGGGGAACAAUUCUCUGGUUAUUCUCCUGUCUUCUGGACUUCAAACACUACAUUUCUCGAGUCACCAUUUUCUAAGGAGGAACAAGAUCUGUAUGGAAAUCGUGAACACAUACAUCUCGUGGCUUCAAACCCGAGAAACGUAGUGAGUGCAGCUGUCUUACGGAUUCUUUGCAUUAGCUCUUCUUAUGACUUGUCAAUUCCAAGCUCAUCAGCUUCUACGGGUGAUUCUAAAAAUGUAGAAGGUAGAGUAUGGGAAUAUGAUGAUGGAACUUUUGGGUUUGGAUUUUUUCGAAAUAAUUAUGUUGUUGACUUGAAGCAUAUUGCUUUAAGUGGGUCUCUACUUGAUACUGUAGAAUAUUUCUCCAACCAUUCAAGUUUAUAAUCCAUUUCUGAGUUACUUGUUAUA